AUGGUGCAAGCCGACCAUGAUGACUACACUAUUGAGGGUCAAAACUUUGGGAUUCGUUCCAACGCCGAGUUUAAUGAAUCUGUUGACAAGAACGAGGACCUUUAUGGUAAUAACUCUUUCAUUAUGAGUAGAGUUCAAUCAAAGGAAGACAUUGAGAAAAUAUCCUAUGAUAGAGGUCUCCUAGAUUCAGACUCCGAGUGGCAUGACGUGAUGGACGACAACUCAAUGGUCUACACCUUAUCAACUACGAAGACUAUUUGUUUGCUUGCUGAUAUAUUGUCAAGUUGGGAGUCCUCUAAAUUUGUGGAAUCGCUAUUGGAAAUCACUAGGUGA